AUGCUAACAUUAAGACCCUCAGUUAGAUGGAGAGCUACUAGUUGCAUCGCAAUUGAGACAGAGUUGCUAUGCCAUAUAAAUACUUCUAUUCAUUUUGGUUACAAAAUUGUACUGGUUUUAUUACAUAAGGAACAAUGUCCUACUCAUGAUAUUGCCCCUCAAUUUACAGCUAUUCUGAUUUUAAGUAUGGAAUAUCGAUCUGGCAAGUCUGCUUUCCUUCAGGCAAUAAAAUCACUUUAUGCAAAGGCCAUAGAAAAUCAUCAGGCUGGCAAUCUUAACGAAGCAAUAUCUUGUUAUACACGAAUCUUGGAUAAAAUUCAAGUUAUGUUUGUAAGAAUUGCUGAUUUAGAUCGACUUGAAUGUGAUAUCUGUCUUCGCGUGAGUAGCAUAUAUAUGAAACAAAGUGAAUGGACGAAAGCCGAGGAAAUAAUUAUACAAGCACGAAAAGUAGCUGAGAAGCUGAAAGAAGAAAGAAUGAUUAUUCGAUGUUUAGAGAGACAUGGUGACAUAAAGCAAGUCAAAGAAGAUUGGAAUGGAGCAUUGGCUGACUAUAUAAAAUCACUUGAUAAGAAAUUAAGUUACGUUAGCAAAGGAGAUUUAGGUGUCAAUCAUUCUUACCUAAAGAUAGCAACGAUCUACUAUACUCAAUGUAGAUACGAUGAGGCUAUCUCCAUGUAUGAGAAAUCACUCCAAAUGCAAUUAUCAGUCCUUGGUCAUGAUCAUCCCGACAUUGCUGCCUUAUAUAACAACAUGGGUGCUGUAUAUAUUAAUCAGGGCAAGCACGAAAAGGCAAUUUCUGUGUUUGAAAAGUCACUUAAAAUUCAAUUGUUAGUCCUUGGUCAUGAUCAUCCCGACAUUGCUGCCUUAUAUAACAACAUGGGUGCUGUAUAUAUUAAUCAGGGCAAGCACGAAAAGGCUAUUUCUGUGUUUGAAAAGUCACUUAAAAUUCAAUUGCUAGUCCUUGGCCACAACCAUUCUGAUGUUGCCAAAUCUUAUAACAACAUUGGUCUUGUCUAUAAGCAACAGGCCAAAUAUGAACAGGCUAUAUCGAUGUAUGAGAACUCACUCAAAAUUCAAUUAUCCGUCCUCGGUCACGACCAUCAAGAUGUUGCCACGUCAUAUAAUAACUUGGGAAAUGUGUAUUAUCAUCAAGGCAAGCAUGAACUGGCUAUUUCCAUGUAUAAGAAAUCACUCAAUAUUCAAUUGUCACUGCUAGAUCACAAUCAUCCCGAUAUUGCCAAAUCAUAUAAUAACCUAGGAAACAUAAAUUUUGAACAGGGAAACCAUGAAGAGGCUAUUUCUAUGUAUAACAAGUCACUCAAAAUUCGAUUAUUAAUUUUGAAUAAUAAUCAUCCUGAUGUUGCUCAAUCCUAUAACAAUCUAGGAAGUGUGUAUUCAAAUCAGAGCAAGUAUGAAGAAGCUAUUUUAAUGUUUAAGAAAUCACUUAAAAUUCAAUUGUCAAUUUUAGGCCACGAUCAUCUUAAUGUUGCCCAACUAUAUAGCAACUUAGGAUCUGUAUAUAGAAAACAGGGCAAGUAUGAAGAAUCUAUUUCCAUAUAUAAUAAGUCCCUUGAAAUUAAAUUAUCGGCCUUUGGUCACAAUCAUCCCGAUGUUGCUUCAUCUUAUAGUAAACUGGGAAAUGUGUAUGCGGAUCAGGGCAAAUAUGAUGAGGCUAUUUCUUUGUAUGAAAAAUCACUCCAAAUUCAAAUAUCAGCUCUUGAUCAUAAGCAUCCUGAUAUUGCUGUAUCUUAUAAUAAUAUGGGAGCGGUGUAUAUUGAUCAGUGCAAGCGUGAGGAAGCUAUUCGUAUGUAUAAGAAGUCAUUAGAAAUUCAAUUAUCAAUCCUUGGCCAUAAUCACCCCGACGUUGCUAAGUUAUAUAGCAACAUUGGUCUUGCGUAUAUGCAUCAAGGAAAGCAUAACGAGGCUAUCGCAAUGUAUGAGAAGUCACUUAAAAUUCGAAUGUCUGUCCUUGAUUGCAAUCAUCCCGAUGUUGCCCAAUCCUACGAUAAUAUGGGAGACGUAUAUUCUAAUCAAAACAAAUAUGAAGAGGCUAUUUCCUUGUAUAACAAGUCUCUCGACAUUAAAUUAUCAGUCCUUGAUCACAGUCAUCCCGAUAUCGCUAUAUCAUAUAGCAAUAUAGCUAAUAUAUACUACAAUCAAAGUAAACAUGAAGAAGCUAUUCGUAUGUAUGAGAAAUCACUUAAAAUUCAGUUGUCAGCUGUUGGUUACGAUCAUCCCGACGUUGCUAAAUUAUAUAACAAUAUGGGAGCUAUCUAUAAUGAUCAAAGCAAGCAUGAAGAGGCGAUUGCUAUGUUUAAGAAAUCACUCAAAACUCAAUUAUCGGCUCUUGGUCACGAGCAUUCCGAUGUUGCUACGUCAUAUAAUAAUCUAGGAAAUGUGUAUGCUGAUCAAGGCAGAUAUGGAGAUGCAAUUUCCAUGUAUGAGAAGUCACUCAAAAUUCAAUUAUCGAUCCUUGAUUUGGAUCAUCCUGAUAUUGCCACAUCAUAUAACAAUCUUGGAAAUGCAUAUGCUGAUCAGGCUAAGUAUAGAGAGGCUAUUCGUAUGUAUGAAAAGGGAAUCAAAAUUCAAUUAUCAAUCUUUGGCGAAAAGCAUUCCAAUGUUGCCAAAUCAUAUAACAACAUGGGAGCUGCGUAUAGUAAUCAGGGCAAGUAUGAUGAGGCUAUUUUUAUGUAUGAGAAAUCACUUAAAAUUAAACUCUCAAUCCUUGGUCACAACCAUCCCGAUGUUGCGAAGUCAUAUAACAAUAUGGGAGCUGUGUAUAAUAAGCAAGGCAAGCAUAAAGAGGCUACUUCUAUGUAUGAGAAAUCACUCGAAGUUCAAUUAUCAAUCCUUGAUCACAAUCAUCCCGAUAUUGCUGCAUCAUAUUACAAUAUGGGAGCUGCUUAUUUCGAUCAGAGCAAGCAUGAAGAGGCUAUUCAAAUGUAUAAGAAAUCACUUAAAAUCGAAUUGUCGGUUCUUGAUGACGAUCAUCCCGAUCUUGCUAAAUCAUUUCACAGUCUAGGAAGUAUAUGCCAUAAUCGAGGCAAGUAUGAGGAAGCUAUAUCGAUGUUUAAAAAGGCUCUUAAAAUUCAACUAUCGAUCUUCAAUCACAAUCAUCCUGAUGUGGCUUCGAUAUAUAACAAUAUGGGAGUUGCGUAUAAUUGCCAGGAAAAACACGAUGAGGCUAUUUCUAUGUUUAAAAAAACUCUCAAAAUUCAAUUAUCAGCACUUGAUCACAAUCAUCCUGAUGUCGCUAGCUCAUAUAGCAAUCUAGGAAACGUAUAUUUCGAUCAAGGCAAGCUUGAAGAAGCUACUGCUAUGUAUAAUAAAUCACUAAAAAUUCAAUUGUCAGUUCUUGAUCACAAUCAUCCCAAUGUUGCUCAAUCAUACUAUAAUCUAGGAAAUAUAUAUAAUAAUCAAGGAAAGCAAGAUCAGGCUAUUUCUAUGUAUCAGAAGUCCCUCAACAUUCGAUUAUCAGUCCCUAGUCUCAACCAAGCAGAUGUUGCUCAGACAUAUAAUGGCAUAGGAGCUGCAUAUAAUAAUCUAGGCAAGCAUGAAGAGGCAAUUUCCAUGUACAAAAAAUCGCUCAAAAUUCAAUUAUCAGUCCUUGGUGAUAGUCAUCCUGAUGUCGCUACUUCAUAUAGUAAUAUAGGAGCUGUCUAUUUUCAUCAGGAAAAACUUGAACAAGCUAUUUCUAUCUACGAUAAGGCGCUCAAAAUUCGAUUAUCAGUUCUUGGUCAAAAUCAUCCUCGUACUGCUAAAUCUUAUAACGAUAUAGGAGCAGUGUAUUUCGCUCAAAGAAAACAUGAUGAGUCUAUUGCUAUGUACGAGAAAUCACUAAAAAUUCAGCUUUUAGUCCUUGAUCAUAGUCAUCCGGACGUUGGCAUAUCUUAUAGUAACCUCGGCGCUGUUUACUUUGAACAAAACAAGCAUGAAGAGGCUAUUCGAAUGUACGAGAAAUCGCUUAAAAUUCAAUUAUGUACUUUUGAUGACAAUCAUCCUCAGAUUCUGAUGCUCUAUUAUAAGAUGGGAAAGGUGUAUGAAAAGCAGAAUAAGCAAGAACAAGCUCAAUCUAUGUAUCAAAAAUCAUCUAAAAUGCUCUUAUCGUCAUCAUCUUGA